GAGCUGCUACAACCGGAAGCCGGGACACCGGAAGAAGUACUGGCACCCGGCAGCUUCCAGCAGGGAUUGUCGACGAGAGGCAUGUCGGUACGGCUCCGGAUGCUACCGUCGGAGCACUGCCCACCUGGAGCGGUACGCGCAUCCAGGGGACCGGAACUAUCGCAAGGGCCUUGUGAAGUUCGGCAGCAACCGGCCACAGUUUGAGACGCUGCUGCAGCUUUUCGACUUCCACGAUCCAGAGGAGUCUGGCUACCUGCAGAAGGAAGAGUUUGCCCAAACCUUCGAGUACUGCAGCAUGGACAACUCAGGACUGGAGUUGGUGGACACUGAGUGGGAGGCGGCGGGCGGCACAGCCACCGGCUACGUCAACUUCUCGCGCUUCGCAAGCUGGGCCACGCAGCGCUGCACCAUGCCCAUAGGCCUGAGUGAGGCCGGCCAGUCCAGACCCUGUCAGUUCCGCAGUAGAGAAGACGAUGAUCAUUCCUGCAGUUGCGCAGAGUUUUCUGCCGUGGCGUCUGGCAGACUCUGCGAGUGCGGUCACAAGGAGAGCGCACACAGGUCCAUUGCGGAUGUCUUUUCCAUCGGGGAAGAUGCGCUAAAGCACUGGCGGACUUCUGAUGACGGUUCCUUGCUGAACGGGUUGGUGAACGUCGAAGAUGACGACGUCAUCAGCAAGAUGCAGGAGCUCUUCAACCAUUCGCACAAGACCAGCGACAACUGGACUCGGGACCGCGGCUGCAGUCUCCACGGCCGAAGCCACCCAGAGUGCGAUGGCGCCUGCCUCCGCAAGAAUGGCCACCGAGUCCCAAAGGGCUUCGUCGUCAAGAAGGUGUUCCGAAACCAGAAUCUGGAUCUGUGGAAGCAUUAUGUUCUGAUGCGGAACUCCAUCAGCAGCGAGUGCGUGGAGGACUCAAGCUUUUCCUCCAUCUCCGUGCACGCGGACGUGACCGUCGAAGCUGGCAUGACUGGAAGUUGCAAUGAAUGGCGCCUCUUCCACGGCACCAAUGUUGAUGCCUCGCGGGGGAUUUGCGGCAGCAAUUUCCGCUUGGCCCUCUCAGGCACUGGCGCCACCUGGAAAGAACCCGGCGAACCCAAGGGCUCCCCGCUGUACGGCUUUGGCAUCUACCUUGCGGAGAUGGUGACCAAGUCGGACGAGUAUGCCGACCCCUUACCCGACAGCGAGGAGGACGCCGGUCUCCAUGCCAUGCUGGUGGUGCGCUGCGUCGGCGGUCGCUCCAAUGUCGUUGAGACAAACGAGAUCGACAAGGACCGCCUAAAGAGAGAGGUCUUCGAUGGCCCGUAUCAUUCUGUUUUCGGUGAUCGGGUGAAGACACUGGGCAAGCCCUACCGAGAGAUAAUCGUGUACGACAAGGAUCAGAUCUACCCAGAAUACCUUGUACUUUACGAGCGACUUUUCAAGACCUGA